GGUGUGUGUUAUGUAUAUCAUUUUAUAUUAUAUUAAUUUUCAGGGGAGUCUGCACGACCCUCGUUUGAUGGGAAUCAUCCCUCGUAUCUCCAGAGACAUCUUUGAUCACAUCUACUCUAUGGAUGAAAACCUGGAGUUUCACAUCAAGGUCUCUUAUUUUGAAAUAUAUCUGGAUAAAAUCAGAGACUUACUGGACGUGUCAAAGACAAACCUGUCGGUCCACGAGGACAAAAACAGGGUUCCUUUUGUGAAGGGCUGCACGGAGCGUUUUGUUUCUAGUCCUGAUGAAGUGAUGGACGUCAUUGACGAGGGAAAAGCCAACCGACACGUCGCCGUCACCAACAUGAACGAGCACAGCUCUCGCAGUCACAGUAUUUUUCUGAUCAACAUCAAGCAGGAGAACAUGGAGACGGAGCUCAAACUGUCGGGGAAACUCUACCUGGUGGACCUUGCAGGCAGCGAGAAGGUGAGUAAAACGGGAGCAGAAGGUUCCGUGUUGGACGAAGCCAAGAACAUCAACAAGUCUCUUUCUGCUCUGGGGAACGUCAUCGCUGCUCUGAGUGAAGGAACAAAAACUCAUGUCCCGUACCGAGACAGUAAGAUGACCCGGAUCCUGCAGGACUCUCUGGGAGGAAACUGUCGAACCACCAUCAUCAUCUGCUGCUCUCCUUCUGUUUACAACGAGGCUGAAACCAAGUCCACCCUCAUGUUCGGACAGAGAGCUAAAACCAUAAAGAACACAGUGUCUGUGAACCUGGAGCUGACAGCUGAAGAGUGGAAGAAGAAGUACGACAAAGAGAAGGAGAAGAACAGGAGUCUGAACAUCAUGUUACAAAAACAAGAGAACGAGCUGAAACGCUGGAGGAAAGGUGAGUCUGUACCUGUGGAGGAGCAGCUGAGCAGCAGAAACAAGAAAAGCAGCAGUGAAGCGACAGCAGUGAUGGACAGCUUAGCCCCGCCCCCUGUCCCUCUGUCUGAUGAACAGAAGACUCAGUACGAGACGCUCAUCACCGACCUGUACCACCAGCUGGACGACAAGGAUGAUGAGAUUAACCAUCACAGUCAGACAGCCGAGGAACUCAAACAGCAGCUGAUUGAUCAGGACGAGCUGUUGGUGUCGAGCCGUCAGGACUAUGAGCGUGUGCAGGAGGAGCUGUCGCGGCUGCACAUGGAUAGUGACUCGGCCAAAGAGGAGGUGAAGGAGGUGCUGCAGGCGCUGGAGGAGCUCGCCGUCAACUACGACCAUAAGAGCCAAGAAGUGGAGACCAAGAACCGCUGCAACGAUCAGCUGAACGAGGAGCUAGCACGCAAAACUGUGAGUCUGGAGGCGGUUCAGAGGGAGCUGGACACCCUGAACGAGGUCAGUUCUCAUCAUAAGAAGAGGUCAGCAGACAUCCUCAGUCUGCUGCUUAGAGACCUUAGUGACAUCGGCAGCGUCCUCGGUACCACCGACCUAAAAGCUAUGACAGAGACAAGUGGAGUGAUGGAGGACGAGUUUACCACAGCUCGUCUCUACAUUAGCAAAAUGAAGUCUGAGGUCAAAUCUCUGGUGAACCGCAGCAAACAGCUGGAGGUCAACCUGACGGAGAACAUCUGCAGGAUGGAGGCUGAUGAGAAGGAGCUCAACACCUGUCAGCUGCUUGUCUCACAGCUCCAGGCGAAGAUUGUGUCUCUGACAGAUGACCUGCAGAGGGUCGAGCAGCAGAAGAGGAAGCUGGAAGAGAGUCAGGACAGUCUGAUGGAGGAGGUCGCCAAACUCAACGCUCAAGAUCAAAUGCAUGAGGUGACGGUGAUGGACAAAGAGAAAGAACACAUGAGCAGACUGAAGGAUGCCGUUGAGAUGAAGGUAGAAAUCAUCAAUGGGUUUCUGAUCAAAGCAAAAGUACUACAAACGUCUACUAAUUUACAAUAAUGAUACAAAUGUUACAUCACAGGGAACAUUUGUAUCAUUCAGGACCUUCAUAUUCUGAGGGAAAUUAAGUGAGUUAUAGAACUGAAGUGUUCCUUUAUGUAAAUGAGGUGAGUUAAAGAAUUGGAGUGUUCCUGCUUUAUGUAAAUGAGGAGAGUUAGAGAACUGAAGUGUUCCUUCUUUAUGUAAAUGAGGGGAGUUAGAGAACUGAAGUGUUCCUUCUUUAUGUAAAUUAAGUGAGUUAAAGAACUGAGACUACAUCCAUACUACUACGUUUCUAUUUGGAAGCAGAUUUGUCAAAUAGAAACGAUCUCUGUCCACAUG